AUGGCAGCUCAACAGGCGAUCCCAGUUCUCGUGCUAGGCAUUGACUUUGGCACCACAUAUUCAGGCAUCGCGUGGUGUCGAGCCGGCGAAAAUAACGAAAUCAAAUUCACCACCAACUGGAAAAAGCGAAGCUUCGCCCAGGGAGACAAGCAGAAGGUCCCCUCGGCGAUCUUUUAUCAUCACCUGAAUGAUGAAGACCCUGAAUGGGGCGCGACAACUCCGCAGGAUGAUACUGUCCUUCGCUGGUUCAAGCUCCUUCUCGUCGAUGAGAAAGAUCUCCCGGAUCAUAUCCGACACUCUGUUCAGCUGAAGACAGCUCGGACUCUAAUGUUGAAGGCUAAUAAGACCUCAGUUCAGAUCUUGGGCGACUACCUGCGACAGCUUUGGCGUCACUGUCGUCAGAACAUUGUCAGGGCCGAGGGACGCCGAAUGAUGAACGUCUCGGCAGUCCACCUUGUUGUCACUCUGCCUGCUAUAUGGCCACACUACGUCCGAUCCAGAAUGACGGAGGCUCUGGGGCACGCCGGUCUUCUUGAAAUCACCCGAGCUGGACAGACAACGUUGACCUUUAUCUCUGAGCCCGAGGCGGCUGCUUUGACCUGUCUCAAGGAGAACGCCGAUCGCUUCAAUGUCGGGGUGGGCGAUCAUUUCGUUAUAUGUGAUGCAGGAGGUGGUACCGUCGAUCUCAUUACCUACAAAAUCGAGAAGCUUGGUCCUCUCAUUAUGAGUGAGAGCGUCAAAGGCGAUGGUGGCCUAUGUGGUGCCAUGUUCCUCGACGAGAGGUUUCUAAAGCUACUAAAGGAAACGAUCCCUUUUGAGGCUCAGAAGAGGCUCGAUAAACAGACCUUCCACAGGAUCAUGGAGUCUGAUUGGGAAGGCGGCUUGAAGUCCUCCUUCUCCAAGUCCAGCGGAGACUUGCCCAUACAGCUCUCGUACGACGGCCCCGUGGACACCAACUUCUUCCCUUCCAAGUUCAGUAUCAACGUUUCCGAAAUCCGCGAGAAUGUGUUUGACCCUGUGGUCGAGCAGGUUAAACAGCUCGUUCAGAAGCAGGUUGAUGCAGUCAAGCACAAGUACAAGAAGAAGCCAAAGUUUGUCAUCCUAGUUGGUGGCUUUGGAAGGUCUCUUUAUUUGCAUGAACACCUUCAGGAUGCUGUUGGAAACAGAAUAGACGUUCUUCAACAGGACGGUGAAAAGCCCUGGACCGCUGUGCUUCGAGGAGCUGUCCUACAUGGACUGGCGAGAACUAAUCAUACCAGUUCAAUCACAGUUGCGGUCGCCUCACGUGUAUCUCGUCACAGCUACGGAACACUUGUGAACAUUUUGCCCUUUGACGCCAAAGAGCAUGAUGCCAAGGACCGAGUUUGGGACGAUGGUCAGCAAGAGUUCCUUGCUGUCGAGCAGACGCGGUGGUUUGUUGAGAUCGGUGACUCUGUCUCUACGUAUGACCCCGUUUGUGCAUCCUUCUGGCAGGACCUUACGAGCCCCGACCAGGAUCUCCAAAUCGACAUCGUUACCUCGGACGCUUCUACUCCCCCAACCCGCAAGGACGAUUCCGUCAAGCCUAUGUGCGUUAUAAAAUCUUCCGAGCUUCCCAAAUGGGAUACCAUACCGGUAUGGACCAACGAAGACGGCCAGGUAUUCCACCGAAUCACUUACGAACUGCGCAUGAUCAGCGAUGGGUCCUCCUUGGAGUUUCAAGUCUACUACAAGAACAAGAGCAUUGCUUGUGGAAGUGUCGCUUUCGACUCUACCGGUCAGAACGAUACUGAUGACGAGGAUGACGUACAGAUGGGCUCUCGUCGAUCCUUGUAUAACUACACCAAUGACAACAAUAUCGUUGAUAUGACUGAUGCCGACAGCGAUAGUGAUUACGUUGAGGCUGAGGAAUGAAUAGGGGAUGGGGGUCAUGUUUGCUGGGUAAAUGCUACUCAAAAAGCUCAAAAGGGC